UCCUAUCAAGGAAGUAUUCAUCUAUGGAUUUAAAUUGAAAGAAUAUCUGCAGCAGAAUAUCUGCUGGAAAGAGAUAAAAUAUCUGCUGAUUUUCAAAGUCAAAUAAAUCAAGCAAAAAAAAAAUCUGAACUUGAAUAAAAUCUACUUUAUAGCUACGACCUUGGAUAUCCUUCAAAUAGUAUGUAAUACAGUUUCAUUGCAUGUUCAUAUGCCUUAUUUAUCGCCUUCUAUACUGUUUAAUAUUUUUUAUUUCAUAAUUUUUAAUCCCACAAUGUGUGAAUGUACAGAUAUGAGUUUGGAUCUUAAGACGCCCAGGAAUGUGCCUUUAACAGCGUUUUAUAAAAGAAGUUUUGCAUAUCACACUGUAAAAAAUCGAAUGCCGGUCAUUUUAACACAGGUUAUUGAUAGUUUAGUAAGAAAUAAAGAAGGUAUUUCUAAUGAAUUUGGGGAGGGUAGUGCUGAUGACCUGAAACAAGCUAUUGGAGAACUGUCAAAGCUCAAAUAUGAGAUUCAAACAAAUAAACCUUUAACUCCACUAGAUGAAGCUUCUGAAGAAAAUCGAUUAUAUAAUAGUCACAUAACAAAGCAAGCAUCAGAAGAUGGUGAAACUACUCAUUUUAAUACCAUAUGGCUUUUAACUGAAUGUUAUAUGUAUGCGAGAAUUAAAGAUAUAUUUAGACACACGACCAGGCUGAAAGAUUUUGAUUAUUUUCAAUCAUCAAAGUUUGAAGCUUAUCAUAAAUCAAGAGAUCUUAUGGUUCAUUUAAGUGAAUUUAUUAUCAACAUUAAUAAUAAAGUGGAAACCUGUGAUAAAAGAGAAAAAAUUCUAAAAAUGUUGAAGCUUAAUCUUUGGGGCAAUAAAUGUGAUCUCUCCAUUAGCCUAGGAAAAGUGGAUGGACCCGGAAAGCUUCAUGAUACCAAAGAAUUAGAACAAUUUGUAUUAGUGGAUGAUUCUGAAAAUAUUUAUCAAGCUUUAGCCAAUAGUUCCAUUACUGGACAAGAAGAAAUAGAUGUAGUACUAGACAACUCAGGAUAUGAAGUUUUUACUGAUCUCUGUAUGAUGGAUUUGGUAACUUCAUUUUCGAUGGCCAAAAAAGUAAAUUUCCAUGUAAAACAAAUCCCCUGGUUUAUAUCAGACGUUACGGAGUAUGACUUCAAUUGGACUCUCAAUCAGUUGAGCCAAAGUGACAACUCUAACAUGAGAAAACUUGGCUUAAAGUGGAAAGAGCUGGUACAAAACGAAACAUGGAAAAUUGUAGUUCACCCAUUUUGGACAUUACCAUUUGAUUUUAGCUAUAUGAAACAAUAUGCACCUGAUUUAUACAAUAAGUUAGAAAUGUCUAAGUUGAUAAUAUUCAAAGGAGACCUCAACUACAGAAAACUUUUUGGUGACAAAAAUUGGGAUCCAAUUACACCUCCUGAAGAAGCACUACAAGGGUUUCUGCCCUCUCGACUCUGCACCCUAAGGACAAUUAAGGCAGACAUAGUGGUUGGGUUGAAACCAGGUGUUGCAGAGCAAUGCGAAAAAAAAGAUGUUAAAUGGAUGGAAAACGGAGACUAUGGAUUGAUACAGUUUGUUAACAAACCAACCAAAAGUUGAUAAAAUACUCUUGUUGAUUUUUAUGAAUCUUUUCGCUCAUUUCUUUCUGUUUUUAUUUAACAUAUAAGGGCAAAUGUAAUAGCCAGUUAUACGCAUUUCCUAUGUGUUAAUUUUCGUAAUUAUUUUCUUUGUUUUGUUUCGUUGGAUUUUCCUUUUAAUAAAAUUGUAAAUAUAG